GUCCCGAUAACACGAGCAACUUUACUUUUCAGCAAGCUUCGAGUUCAAGUAGAAGAUGAGGCCUUCUGCCGCGCGGUUGCUCAACAUAUUGGUCCCUAUAAAGAGGGCGGUAGACUAUGCCGUGAAGAUUCGCGUGAAUCCUGAGCAGACAGGCAUCGAUCUCAAUGUUAAACAUUCCAUGAAUCCAUUUGAUGAGAUUGCUGUGGAGGAAGCCGUUCGGAUACGAGAACGCCUGAAGGAUGCAGUAAAAUCUAUCAAGGUCGUCACAAUCGGUCCACCCAAGUCCGCAGAGACACUCCGUACCGCACUCGCCAUGGGUGCCGACUCUGCUGUCCACGUUGAAAUCCCGGAAUCUGCUCCGGCCCCAGAACCUCUCGGUGUCGCGAAGACUUUGAAGGCUCUCAUCGAACGACAGAAGGAGGGUGUGGACAUAGUGAUCCUGGGGAAGCAAGCUAUUGACGAUGAUGCUGGACAAACUGGACAAAUGCUCGCUGGCCUCAUGGGCUGGUCACAGGCAACAUUUGCAAGCAAGGUCGUGGUGGACCCAGAGCAGAAGGUUGCGAACGUCACUCGUGAGAUAGAUGGGGGCCUUGAGGAGCUCAGGUGCAAGCUUCCUGUUAUAAUAACAACGGAUCUUCGGCUUAAUGAACCGCGGUAUGCCUCGUUGCCGAACAUCAUGAAAGCCAAGAAGAAACCUGUGGAGAAGUUGACAGCUGUGGAACUUGGAAUUGACCUCACGCCUAGACUAGAGACCAUCAAAGUCACAGAACCCUCAAAGCGCGUUGGUGGUGGCAAGGUGGCAAAUGUGGACGAGCUUCUCGCCAAGCUCAAAGACGCCGGCAUCACUGGAAAGCGUGCGUAGCAGCAGCUUGAAUGUUCCCCGCACUCACCUGCACCAUGAGCUGUAUGCCAAGUACUGAUGAUAACACACAGGAUAAUACGAUCUUCUCAGUGAUAAAAGAUAUUUUCUAUGUGUCGUACAGUACAAAUGACAACGGGUGAAAUCGUAUGGACGAUGAUAC